AUGUUGACUACCUCGAGACUUCGUGGCCGUUUCCACCGAGACUGCGACAAGUCGACGGUCCUUGCCGCCACGCGCAAACGCCAUGAGCUCGAGUCCCGACAAAGGCGGGACUUCAGCCAGACCUUGCAUGUCCCGUUGAAGCGAUGUGAGUGUGCGGGAGGCGGCCAAACGGUGAGACAAACCUUGGGCAACCUUAAAUCUGUUGAACUUCAGAUUUCCAAGCCCCAGUAUCGCAGGCCCAACUCGGUUGAAGAAAACCUUGCAAAGGGUUCGGCUAAUUGA